AUGUCAGAUACAAAUGGUGGUGAAUUUGAUCACGCCCUUCUUGGCUAUGAAUUUGAUAUAGAAUCAUUUGAAGAAGAAAUACCAUUAAAUGUAUGCAAGCCACAUUACAUACCUGGGAGAGUGGCAGCAUUACAAAACUCUUCUGGCUAUUUUUAUUGCACUUCUUAUGACAAAGGCAUAAAACAAAUGUGUCCACCAGGUACUGAAGUAUCAUUGAAAAUCGGUGGAUGUGUGAACAAAACAACAAAUACAUCAGUAUUUCCAAUUGGAUCUCGAUGUGCUGCACAACCCUGUCAAAAUGGUGGUGUUUGUUUUGAUUUUUCAUCGGCUGAUGCUUAUCUUUGUCAUUGUCCUCUUCCAUACGAAGGUCUUCAUUGUCAUCUCCUUCGGAAUGAUUGUCCUACCUCCAGAUGUGGUGAUGUAAUAGGAAAUAAGUCUACAGAGUGUUAUCCUUAUACAAAUGAUAUGGCUCUUAAUCACUUUUGCCGGUGUCACGACUGGAGUACCCGACCAUUUGUUAUCAGUUUCGCUGGAAAUAACUGUUAUACUGAAAAAUUAUUUGUUCCAAAAUGUGAAGGAGAACCUCCUGUUGGUGCAGUACCAUUUACCAAUAAAGGAUUUUAUAUUUGUCUAAAUAAUAAGACAGAGUUGUUCAUUCAAUCAUGUCCGUUACAGCAUGUAUGGAAUGACAUUAAAAAAGAAUGUGUUCUUGAAAAUAAUUAA